CGCAACACAAGCACCUGGCAAAACAACUAAACGGUGUUGGAAUGUAUUGAAUACGCAGGGAAGUAAAAAAUAAAAAUAAUAUAGUAUUCAUGUAAAUACAAAGAACUAACUUAUUUUACUGAGAGCACGGUUAAACUCGAUCUCGUCGUUAAUCUCUACUUGAGAACAUAUUUGGUCCACACACUUUCCGGUAAAGAUGGCGCUGAUGGCGACACUGAGGAGGACGUGCUGCCUGUUGACAUCUCGACUCUGCGCCCUUCCUCUCGCCGCUGCCCGAACGCGCAGCUCUGUUAGCUAUGACUUGCCUCUGACCUCCCUGUCCAGACCUCCGUGGAGGGAGACGAGGCCGGUGCCAGAGGAGGAGCUGCGGCGGCAGCACGCCGCCCUGACGAGCGCCGUCAACCGGCGGAUCGAGCAAGCCGACUUCGGUCGCCUCUUCGCCGUGGUGCACUUCGCCGGACGCCAGUGGAAGGUGACAGACGAGGACCUGAUCCUGGUGGAGAACCACGUGGAGGCGGCGUGCGGCGAUCGCCUCCGGCUGGAGAAGGUCCUGCUGGUGGGGGCGCGCGACUUCACGCUGGUCGGCCGCCCGCUGCUGGCCAAGGAGCUGGUGCGCGUGGACGCCACCGUACUGGAGAAGACCGAGUCGUGGCCCAAAGUGCACAUGGUGUUCUGGAAGAGGCACCGCUUCCAGCGCAAGAGAAUAAUAGUGCAGCCGCAGACUGUGCUGAGAAUUAACCGGAUACAGGUGGCGCCUGCGCUCACGUGACUACGGACAGUUUAAAAAAAAAAAAAGUUUGUACAAUUGAGCAUUGCAAAACCCUGUGAGCAUAUAUUUCAUAUUGUACUAGUUCAUAGUAGUAGAAAGACUGGGAUGUCAAACUCAUCUUUGUCGCGGGCCACAUCGUAGUUACGGUUUCCUGCAAAGCGCCGUUAUGACAAAAACAAAAAUCAUUAAUUGCAUCAUAUUUACAUGUGAAAUUCAUAAACUAGUUUUGGAAUCAGAAAUCAAGGGUUAUGGGUUUUUGAACGAUUGUUGAAGUUUGGAAACACAAAAAUGGUUGCAAUCUCUCAUUUAUGGUAUUACAAUUGGAGCUUUUGAUCCAGAUUUUAACAAAUGAAAAAAAUCAUACACAUGAUUUGCCUUCGUGGGCCACAUAAAAUCACGUGGCGGGCCGGAUCUGGCCCCCGGGCCUUGAGUUUUACACCUGUCCUAUCAGAACGGUUGUCUUACUAAUGUUUUCCUCCCACUCCUGCAUGACGAGGCGCACUAGUAGAACGACUUGUCACUAGUGAUGCAAAACUGUGGACUCGUCAACAACUGGGUGAAAAUCCACUAGUACUACUAGUGACAUUUAAUUCCGCUAGUUAAGAUGUAGUCCGACGUGGUUAAAGUUAGCAGAAGAAUUUCUAAUGUGACUAGUACUUUUAGUAGCACGCAUUCUUCAACUAGUGCAGUUUUGCCUCACUUGUCACUGUUCUUCUGCUAGUGCAUUGAAUUGCCUUACUUGUGAGGGCAAAGAGCAUACUAGUACAUGGACAAAUCAGUGCUAUUCAUGAUUUGAAAUUGUAGGCAUUUAUAGUUUGGAAAUCCUUAACAAAAUAAAAAGUGGAAAUACACCUUUCAUAACUGAAUAAUGGUAAAGACAGCUUCAUAAAAGUUGUGUUGCACAACUUACAUAUUUCCCUUUAAACUCUGCUGCUACAAGUGCAAAAAUGAUCUGAACUACUUAUUAAACCCAUUAAACCCACUUGUCUUGAUACAAUCAUAAUAGUAAGGACAUGCAAAACGUACAACACUUUCACAAAUAUAUACAUAUUUCUAUCCCACAAAUAACACUAUUUGCUGUCUGAUAUUGUGUGAAUGCAAAAUGGCUGCCCCAUCCUCGCACUUAAGCUCACAGAUCCCUCUGGUGUAUUGCAACCAAGAGGUUCUCAGACGCCUAACGGGAAAGCCAAUUUUGGAGUGCUAGCGUUGUUGUUCGAGACAAUUAUGACCUUUUAAAUAACUACCAAUAAUUCAAAUACUCGUCAGUCAAAUCAAUUGAUUGGUAAAAGGACAUUUUAUUGGGUCAUUUCCUGUAAAAUAUGUCAGACUGUGAGAUGUGUUUAAACAUAAGUUUUAAAAACCUACACUGGCCAGCUCAAAUGUGUCAACCUUUUUUAGUUUUUAUUUGAAAAAAAAAAAUUAAAGUGCAAUUCACCAAAUGUGUAUUGAAAAUAUAUAAUUUUGUAAUUAGUACAUAUUUGUGUACAGUAUAUUGAAUUGUUUAAUCUGUCAAACAUGAUUUUAAUUAAAACAAAAACCUCAAAUUUAGUUUUAUUAGCAUGUGCAAUUAAAAAAUGUAACAAAUAGUAAGGAAAAACAAAUAUGCAAGACUUAAAUGCUCUGUGGAUGCAUGUAAAAAAAAAAAAACCUCAAAUUUAUCUUCCAAGUGUAAUUGAUCAAUUUUAUGUAUAUAUUUUUUAAUGACUGAUCCGUUUUUAGAUUAUUUUCUUUAUUGUAUAUCAUUUUAAUAAAUACAAUAACUUAAUCUUGAAUCAUACUUAUAAUUAACCACUCUGUUCCAACUGCCUGUUCAAAACAAUAUUUUAAAAAAACAAAAAAAAAAAACACGGCACACUUUUCUUCAUUUAUUGAACACAAUUUCCUUCAGAAAACAACAGAAAUGAGCAGAAGGCACUACUGGAACGCUCGUCCUCGCACACAGGCCGCUAACCUCUUCACUAAAUUAAGCGCACAUAAUGACGACGUCACUGCUCGGACGGGUCCAAAUACGACACGUCCCUUAUCCCCAAUAAACCGCUUCAUGGGCUGCAAGAAUCUGGCCCCAAGUCACGCGUCGGUCACCUCAGCGGUCAACUUUGCAUUACUGCGUUCUUUGACGACAUCGAUACGCGUCAGUCACGGCAGUGAAGCGUUGCUCAAACGCAGUUUACUUCUGUACAUUUGUAUGGAAGCAGAUAAGUGCCACCAGGAUUUGAAUUUGAAAUGUAAAUUGAUCACAUUUUCAAUAGUUGCUACAAUUCGCUGUCUGAAAUUCACAGUCUGUGACAUCAGGCAGAACCCCCAGCCAAUUGCAGUUACGCUUUCUUAGUCACGUGACGUCACAUUCUAAGAACGCGAAACUGGAUUGGCUGGGUGUUCGGUUCUGACCUGAAGUAACCCCGCCUGGUGGCGCAGACGGUGAAUAUUAGACAGCGAAUUGUAGCGCGUUGGAUGGUUAACAUUGAAAAGUUACACUGAAAUACAACUAUUGAAAAUGUGAUCAUUCUACAUUUCAAAUUCAAAUCAUAUUUCACGUUACAUUUAAAAUUCAAAUCCUGGUGGCACUAAUCUACUCCCAUAGUUUGAAUCUAGCAAAGUUGCGCAUCAGUUUCUGCAGUGAACUGGCUAAUAAUCAAUUUUCUUCUUUAUGAAUGAGUCUUGAUAAAGAUGUGCAUCCGUUACAUUUGCCCAGAAACAUCUUUCUUCUACACAGGUGAGUCUUUGAAGGGGAAAUCCAGUGGUUUGCAUUAACAAUGUAUCCAAUUGGUCACGUAAUAUGUACUUUAUGUUGACAAUGCGAUGUUAAAUCCUCUCUCAUUUAAUAGUGUUUUGAGAAGAUUUUUAUCGACAAUUACGAGUUUUCAGAGGUGUUCACGAGUCACAUGGCCUACAUGGGCGUAUGUGACCUGUUAAGUGCCGUUCCUAACGCUCGAUUACAUGGGACACCAUUUGUGUCCAGCGUUGAUUUCUCAAAUGUAUCCUCAUCUGAUAAAGAAAUAGCAUAUCGGUUGAUCGGGAAGACGGAGGAAUACUUCUAUACACAGCCGGGCCGCGUAACUAGUUAGCAUGACAGAGUCUUGUACGUUAUCGGAAUUAAACAGGAACCGGCGCUGUGCGAUUGAGCUCUCCACCGUCAGCCCAAUCCUCCGUCCCGAGGACGUCCGUGUGGGUUUCAAGCGGGAGGUCUCAGAAAAGUUACCACAGGGAUAACUGGCUUGUGGCAGCCAAUUGUUCAUAGAGACGUCGCUUUUUGAUCCUUCGAUGUCAUCUCUUCCUCCACAAUGUGGAGGAAAAAGGCGUGAGUGACCCCCCCCCCCCCCCAAGCCGGCUUGCUGGCUCCAUUACCGCUCACGGCGAAGUAUGGAAGUAUUCCUCUGUCUUCCCGAUCAACCGAUACUGCCAUUUCUUCAUCAGACGAGGAUAAAUCCGAGAAAUUAGUGCUGGGCAUAAAUGUAAUCAAGAUUUUGUUGCGGCACGGUACACGUCACAUCCGCGCACCUAGGUCAUGUGAUGCGCAAAAAUGGCAGCGCCCCUGUACAUUUGUAAUUGUCGAUAAAAAUGUUCUCAAAACACUAUUAAAUGAGAGAGGAUUUAACAUCACAUUGUCAAAAUGUUACAUGACCUAU